CUUUUUUCCGAAAAUUAAAUUCUAUUUCUAUAUAUGUAUUAUAUUUAUUUUAAUUAUUAAUUUUUCGUCGUUGUCUAAGGAGUUGAGGAUUUAUGGCUUUGCUGAAUUUGUUUGAUGUUGUGGUUGGGCUGUCUAUGAUUAUGGAUGAUGUCUGGAAUUGUUCAUUGUUAAAAUGGCGUGUCAAUUAAAUGCAAUGUAUUUAGCUGAAUUUUAAUUUUAAUUUUAAUCUAAUGGUGGUUAUUUUGUUACCUGUUUGUAGCCUUCUAGCCUUGAGUUGGGUGGCUGGGAUUUGAUUGAUGACUUUCCCUAUCAUCAAAUUUGUGGGUUUGUAGAGCAACUAUGGUAGAGAUGGCAGCAGGUGGAAGUGGAACUUCAUUUGUCAAAACAGAGAGGAUGCAGGGAUUCACUGCCCUUCUUACAUCUGCAGCUUGUGAGUGGUUUUUGUUAUUUCUGCUGCUACUUGAUGCCGUGCUAUCAUAUCUGCUGACCAAGUUUGCAAGUUACUGCCAGUUGCAAUUGCCAUGUUUGUUUUGUUCUAGGUUUGAUCAUAUUUUAGGCUGUCAAAAGCCAGAGUUCUAUCAGAACCUAUUUUGCAGCAACCACAAAUCAGAAAUAUCAUCUCUGAUUUUCUGUCAUAUUCAUGGUAAGCUUGCGGAUGGUCAUAGAAUGUGUGAUGAUUGUCUUUUGUCAGUCACAGGAAAAACUAAAUACAAGGCAAAAACUCACAGAUUGUUGGUGGGUAAAUUUGGGCUGGUUCUUGGUGGUUCUGGUCUCCAUAGUCCCUCACUUACCAGGGAUUUGUUUUCUGGCCCUAAGCGUUCAAGGCCAUGUACUUGUUGUGGUAAGCUUUGGAAAUCCGAACAGAACUCCCCGAGAUCUAUCCAACUAAAAUCAUCUGGGAGAGCUGUUCUUAAGCCAAACAUUCCUUUGCCAUAUGUACCGAGACAAAGCCGUCUAAAUCAUCGGGAUAACUUGAAGAAAAUAAGGGAUACAUUUUCUGAAUCAGAAGGAGAUAACAGUUUUCAUCCAUUAUCUCAUGUUGGGUACACUGAGCUGAGACUUAAUUCUGAUUCUGAGUCUGAAUUCCCAUUUUCUGAUGAUGAUGAUGUCAGUAGUGUAUUUCAUGAGAACAUGGAAGCCAGCAAUGACCCUGUAGCUCAAAUUACAUCCGUACCUUCCCCAAAAUGUAUUCCUAGUGAUUCAAAUCCAGCAAAGCCAAAUGGUAGUUCCACCAAACCCUUGUCUUUCCCUUCGGAACAAUGUGUUGAGCCAAAUGUCAGCAAACACCAAGAUAUGAGUGCCAAUAAUCCGGUAGAAAUUAAUUUGCAGCAAGCAAAUCAAAAGUCAUUGAGUUCUGACCUGCCUGAGCUCAUUUCACUAGAUGAGGUUUCAUCAUCACCUGUUGUUAUGAAUGUUUCUAAUGGAGAAUCAGAAUCAAAAGACAGUAAGACAACUUGUCUUUCUCAGGAUUCUCUUCCUGCUCCCCUAUCUGAGCUUAUGACUUUGAGUGGCACACGUGCACAUGUUGAAGCAUCAUCAGAAAAAUCUGAAGAUGUUCCCCAAGCAAGUGAUACCGGAAUAGUAUCUGAAAAAAAUGAGGACGUUUUAGAGAAGAUUGGUACAAAGGAAAGAGCAUUUACUGAAACUGAUCCAAUGGUAUGUGAUUCUGCUUCUACUAGUCCUAGACAAGAGAACUCAAGUAACAUGAGUAAAUCCUCUGCCACCACUGAGGAAAAAGAAGUACCCGGUUUUGCCAUGGAACAACCAACUUCUGAGGAAGUUGAUAAAGUCAAGGAAGAUCUGGAGCAAUCACCAUCACACAGUUCCCCUCUACAUAGGUCUAGUUUCUCAUCAGUUGUUCCCAUAAAUCAUGUCCACUCCCCCGAGAUACAUGGUGAGAUUUCUAGUUCAAAUGGAAUUCAGGUACUUCAAAAGUCGCCCUCAAUGGAAUCUGGUCUUGAAUCUCUUGAUGAAAGCAAUAUUACUGAAAUUGAAGGGGAAUCUAUUGUUGAUCGAUUGAGGCGACAGAUCGAGUAUUACAAGAAUGGCAUGGAUGCUUUACAGAAGGAACUGGAGGAAGAAAGAAACGCUUCUGCUAUUGCUACAAAUGAAGCAAUGUCUAUGAUCACAAGGUUACAGGAGGAGAAGGCAGCACUGCAAAUGGAGGCUCUUCAAUAUUUAAGAAUGAUGGAAGAGCAAGCAGAAUAUGAUAAUGAUGAAUUGGAGAAAGUUAACGACCUUCUCACAGAAAAGGAAAAAGAGAUACAAGAUUUGGAAGCGGAGCUGGAAUAUUAUAAGUCAAACUUGACUGAUGAGCCUACUGUCCCUGGUAUGCAUGAGGAGAGUUGGGAUUCAAAAGGAGAAAACUUCACAGUACAAAAUACUGGUGGGCACAACAUUACAAAUACUGUAUACAAUUUUUCCAACUCAAAGUCUGCUGAAGUACCCGAAGUUUGUGAUGAAGCUGUGACCGGGGAAACCUCAUUUUCAGAAUUUGAAGAGGAAAAGCAGUAUAUUUCGAAGUGUUUGAAAAGCUUGGAAAAUAAGCUUCAUCAAAUUUCUUGUGAUGGGAUAUCCGUCGAUACACCUAGUGUUAGACCUGAGAAUCUUGAAGUCGGUAAAUUGAAUCAACAAGAAGAUUCUAGUUACGAAGGCCCUCAAUUAGAUGGUCAUGAAGAAACUGUUUUGUCCAUACAGAGAAAAAUUCAUAUGUCCAAUGGAAAUCAUGAUGAUAAUGAUGGAUCAGCUGUUUCAGACAGUGAUGAUUGUUCUCUUACUAUAGAGAACAAUCAUUCCACAUCUGUUGGACAAAAACUUUCCUCACCUAGAGGAGAAGUUGAGCUAGUUGGUCUAGAAAAUGAAAUAUCAGACCUUCAUGACAGGUUGGAAGCACUCGAAUUUGAUCAUGAUCUUCUUGAGCACAUAGUAAAUUCUCUUCAAAAUGGAAAGGAUGGAAAACAAUUUAUUCAAGAUAUAGCUCAUCGAUUGCAUGAGCUACAGCAAAUUGGAUUAACGUCUAGACGGUAAGCAUGUAAACAGAAAUGUUCUAAAUUUUUCCUUUACUUUUAGGCACAAAUAAACUUUCAUACGGUAUAUUAUCAAACAUUGUCUACACUCAUCAAUAGAGACAAUAUGAAUCCACCAAGAAUCUUCGCAUCAAUUUGCUUUGACAAUUAUAUACUUAUGUUCUUCCAAAAGCACAUAUAUAAAGAAUGGUGGACAUGCUUUUUUGCCUGGCGGGGGAUUGUCGAGUGAUUAUGGAAGUUUAUGGACACAGUUAAUAAAAUUUGUAGUUUCAUUUACCUGUUAAACACCGAUUUAGAUGUGUAGGUCAUGCUUCAAAAUCAAGUGACAAGAUCAUGUUUUUAAUGUCCCACCUAGUCUGUAGAGGGCUAUAACUAAGUUCUGCUAGGUCCUCAACUAACUGAAUUUUGUGAAGUUUUCAAGUUCGAACUCGUUGUAUAUUGAUGUGUUAGCAGUAGCAGAUUGCAUCUAUGUUGUACCCACGUUAUUUUGCUAUUUCAUGAUUUGACAUGUAUGCACUCGUGCAGACUGCAGAUCGUAUGAUCUAUUAUUCACAGCAAGUUUCAUGUGUAACUAGAAAGCCAUAUUUUUCUAAAUUAGAAUUAUUUUAUCAAAGAUUAAAUGAUAAAUUUUU